UAUAUCAAUUAAUAUCGUUUUCACAACUAAAAUGAAGUAAUAUACAGUUGAUAUGUAUCUUAAAUUUUUAUCCACAUUUCAUGUUUUGUUAAUUUUUAAGAAAGAUUAGAAGAAAUGUUAUCUGAAAAAUUUAUUAUUUUUUGUACUUUGAUUGACAGCUAUAUUGUACCUAGCAAUAGUCUUAACAUAUUUUUCAAAAUCAAUUUUACAUACCAAUCCCGACUGAAAUGAAAUUAGAAAAUUAAUUUAAAAGGAAUCAAAUAUUAUAUGUUGUUUUUUAUUUAAUAUAUAGCAAAACAAUUAUAUUGCAGUUAUAUUGGCAAUUAUAUUAAAAAAAUAUAAAAUAUCAUUUAGAAUAUAUUUGACCAAAGCUCUCAAAUCCAUUUAAAAUAAUUAUUAUCCUGUUAUAUGUAUACACAUAACAUCUAAUUAAUUGGAGAUCAAUAAGAAUCAAUAAGAACAAAAUCUUUUUUUAUUUAAUAUGUAUUAUUGUUUAAACCUAAUUUCAACUUCAGUUACUUAUCUAUUUUCCAUAUCUUGUAUAUAUAAAUAAUAACAAAAAUAAAUAUUUAUAUUACAGUCGCAUUAGAAUAAUUGAUUUUGCAUCCUUAAUACAACAAAUUUAAAGUAAAAUGUUAUUUCUAGCAAUGUAUUUUAUAACCAAAACGGCAAAAUUAAUAGAUUACAAGUUACGUAGAAAACUGAUAGCUCAUAUUUCAUUGUAUUAUCUCUUAAAUUUAUCAUGUCAUAUAAUCACGGGUUUAUUCGAUAUAACGUAAUAUUACUACAAAGAUAUAUAAUACUUAAGAUUAUCAUUUCAAUGCAAUUCAAUUUCUAAAUUAUUUUAAUACAGAUGAUAUUUAAAUAUUUUGUAUUUAUUUAUUGCACAUAUAUGUCAAUUUAUAUGACUAUUUAAAAAAACAAGAUCCUUUGGUUUUAUUAGUAUUUUUCAUGUUCCUGUUUUUAGUACAUAUAUAUAAAUAUAAAUAUAUAUAAAUUCUUUUCUAGUUUUUAAGUCGCGGAUAUUGAAUCUUAAGAUAAUAAAUCUGUGGACAAAAUCUUUUAUAGUGCAUCUUAUCUGUGCUGUAAAAAUAUGUUUUAAUUUUGCCGCGCGAGUUCAUUAUAUACAAAAGUAUAUUUUUAAAACAUUGACCAUAUCACUUUGACUUGCAUUAGAUGCAUAAAUUUACGUCACUAAAUAUAUAAAGAAAGAAAUAUAUUUCACGCAAAAUUAAAUAGUCAUUAUAUUAUAAGGUAAAAGUUGUUAAACAACAAUGAAUUAUCAAUAUAUUUACAAUAUUUUUAUGGUUGGAAUGGUGUUCCGCUCAAUAAGCGGGCAUAAAGAAAUACUUUUUGAUUUUACAACUGUAGAAAAUGUGGAUAAUUGGAGAGAAAUAUCUGACACUGUUAGAACAGUAGGAAAAUCAAAAGCUGUUUUAGCAUUACAAACAACACAAGUUUUUCAACGAGCUAUAUUCUUUACUCUUUUAAAUCCACAACCAAAUGGUGCAGGAUUUGCAGGGAUACGUACAAUGACUAAUUUAAAUUUAUCCAAUUUUGAAAAUAUUGAAAUCAAUUGUCGAGGACAAGGCAACAAUAGUCACUAUAAAAUUGUUCUUAGACACAAAGGCCUUCAUUCAAAUGAAGAUAUAACUUAUGAACAAUUUUUUAUGGCACCAAUGUCAGAUAUUGACUUUUCAAUUGUAACAUUGCCUUUGAUGAAUUUUAAACCAUAUUAUCGUGGACGAGAAGUGCCUGAUGCAGAACCAUUAGACACUGCAAAUAUUACAAUGCUUGGUUUACAAGUGUUUGGUGGAGUUUAUUUACCAAAGAAACAAAAAGGUGUAUCAACAUUAGAAAUAGAAAAUAUUUUAGUAUCAUAAUUCCUAUAUUAAUAAUGAUUGAAACUAAGUUUACUGUAUUUUAAGUAAUUCACAAAAAAAACUGUAUUUUAAAUAACAACAUGUAUAAGGGAUAAUAAAACAUACAUAAAUGUACUGUAUAA